CAUACUAACGACAGUCAGUUUUACGAGUUUACAGACACUAAACGCUUUCUCACAUAUUCCUGUGCAGUGUCUUGAGUCUUUGACGAUGUCAGUGCAUAUUAUUUGUUAAACAUUAAUAAUAAUGCUAAUUUAUAAAAUAAACUAUACAUUAAUUUCACAUGAACAUUUCAAUAAUUUAUAAUAAAAUUAAUUGUGAAAUUUUUAUUUCACAAUUUUUUACCUACAAUAAUUUAGUUUAUUAAGAAGAUAAGCAUUUUUCAAACUCUGUGAUUGUGCAAAGUUAUCAAAUAAUUUUCUGUUAUUAUUAUCUGUUAUUUGCUGAUAAAAGAGUUCUUAUGAUAGUUAUACAAUCUAUAUUGUUACUAAAAGAGUCUUCAAUGAUCACUUGACAUUAUUGAAGUUUUCUUUUUUUUAUAAGUUUAUUUGUAUUGUGAUUGUUGAACCAAAAUUCAUCAGUGAUCAAUUAAUAUUACUUCAAAUUUAUGAAAAUUUUUAAUAUCAAAUUCUACUGGUUAAUUCAACAAUAAUCUUAAUAAGAAAUAUAAUGUAUCUUAUCUUAGAAUGAUUAUCAGUUCAAUGAAAUCUCGAUGAUUAAAACAAUUAUAAAAUUUAUGAAACUUAAAACAAUAUACAAUUUUAUAAAAGUAUUUUGAUAGAAAAAAGAAUUAAUGCCAUGAACAUGUCGAACGAUCAUUCAAGUAAUCAAAGCAAUAAGGAUCAAAUAAAUACUGCUAAAAUGAGUCCAAAUAAUUCUGAAUCUAGAAUAACAAUGACUCCAUUACGAGAUUAUAAAAACGAUGAAACAGUAGAGAAAUGCAGUAAAUCAACUCAAAUAGAUUUUUGGAAAAUAAACUUUCGACCAGAGACCAGUUCAUCAAAAAUAAGACCACUAUCAGCGGGUUUUGCUUCAAAGUCAAAUCCAUUUAAUAACAGUAAUUAUUCCAUUACCAACAGUUCUCGAAGUCUCUUACAUUCAUCUCAAAGCGAGGUAGCUUUAUCAAGAACAAAGAAUCCACGUGCUAAUAUUGGAAAAUUCGUUGCUUUAGAUAUUGCUAAAACUGUACCAGUUCUACCUCUUACUUCUGUUUCUGUUAAUAAUUUAUCAGGCAAUAACUCUUGUUGCACAUAUUGCAACUGCAACUGCAAUAACAGUCAAUCAGGACAUUCAUUAAAACAAAAUGAACCUGAAGGUCCACAAGGAUUAUCUUGGAGAAGACUUCAUAUGAGCCGAGCCAAACUCAAAGCUACAGCUACUACUUCAGAAUUACUCAGUGGAUUUGCCAUGGUGGCAAUGGUCGAGCUUCAAAUAAAUGAACCAACCGCUGUUCCGGAGUGGCUUUUUGUUAUGUUUGCCGUUUGUACAACGGUAUUGGUAUCUGUUCAUAUUUUUGCUUUAAUGAUAAGCACAUAUUUAUUACCAAAUGUUGAAGCGAUUAGUAAACUUCAAAUAUCUCGACUUAUUACGGAAUCACCGCACGAACGUAUGAGAGGAUUUAUUGAGCUUGCAUGGGCAUUUUCCACUGUUCUUGGACUCUUUCUAUUUCUCGUUGAAAUUGCUAUACUAAGCUGGGUAAAGUUUUGGGAUUAUUCAUUCAUGGCAGCCAUGGCCAGUACAAUCAUUGUUAUUCCAGUACUCAUUGUAUUUGUUGCAUUUGCUGUACAUUUUUAUCAUUCACUAGUUGUCUAUAAAUGCGAAACUUCUACCACUGAUAUGGAAGAAUUGGAAAGUAUUAAAAAACAUUUAGAUAACGUUGCUGUUAAUCAAAGUACUGUUUGACAAACAUUAAGUCAUGAUUAAAUUUUAUCGUUAUUUAACAUCUUUAUUUGUUAAAUUUUCAUUAUUAAUCCUUUACUGUUGCAUACUUUUCAGUCAUGUUGAUCAGUAUUUGAUAAUUAUUGAAUACAACAUUAUUUGUUUAUAAUUUUUUCUGAGAUGUCUACAAUUUUAAAUUG